AUGUCUACUGAUACAUCUGUUCAAAACAAUUCAAGGAUUCAAUCAGAACAUUAUGCAAUUAAACGAGUACUAUCUUGUACUAAAACUUUCAUCAAACGACUGAUUGUACGUAAAUCAAUGAAAAUAUUACAAGCUGAAAUUGAUACACGAAAUGAAUUGAGACGUGAUCUAAAUUGGAUUCAAUUACUUGCUAUGAAUCUUGGUGCUACUAUUGGUGAUGGACAAGAUGCUGCAAAAUAUUCUGGUCCAUCGAUCAUCAUUUCAUUUAUUAUAACAGGCGUUAUUGCUUUAUUGUCGUCUUUAUCCUAUUCAGAAUUAGAAGCGACGAUGCCUAGUUCUGGAUCAGUUUUCACAUAUACUUAUGCAGCCUUGGGAGGUAUACAAUCAAAAGUAUUGUUAUAA